AACUUGCAGCGGUGCGUGAAUCGACUCUGCCGCGAGGAGAGCGUUUCCAACACAGAAGUUUCUUUGGACGAACCGCUCACCGGAUUCUCAAAUGAAUAGGUCUGAAGCCAUUAACAGAAGCUUUCUGUGAAGACGCCGAGGAUACAUUACCUGCGUUUUUCUCAAAGCUUUGCAAAAUGAAGCUUUGGAGUUUUGUGUUACCUGUUGUCUUGUAUGCAGUGUCUGCACAAGGGGGAUCAAAGCUUCAGGAGCCGUGUGCAGGCCGGGACUGCAGUGGACCAUGCCCGUGUUUGCCCUUAAAGGGUAGCAGGGGUCAACCUGGGGAACCUGGACAGAUGGGCAGCAUUGGUCCUGAGGGUAUUAUUGGGGCCCCAGGGCCAGUUGGGCCCAAAGGAGAAAAUGGCCAUGUAGGACGCAAAGGCCCCCCUGGACCAAAUGGAGAUAAGGGCCCAAUGGGUGUUCCUGGGUUUUCUGGUAAUGAUGGAGUUCCAGGACACCCAGGUCAGGAGGGGCCCAGGGGACCUCUAGGUUUGGAUGGCUGUAAUGGCACACGAGGUGACCCAGGUGACAGAGCCCGUGAUGGAUUUCCUGGUCUUACCGGUGCUCCUGGACUCUCUGGUCAAAAAGGUCAAAAAGGAGAACCAUAUUAUAUAGAUCUUUCUGGACAAAAUUUUUUCAUCGAAGGCCCCCCAGGUCCAAUGGGAUUUUCAGGUCCAGUGGGGCCCAGAGGUCCAGAUGGAUUUACUGGUGUGCCUGGUCCACCUGGUCCUCCUGGACCUCCAGGAAGUCCAGGUCAAGGAUACAAAGGAGAGCCAGGAGAAAAGGGGGAUGUUGGUCCAGCGGGACUCAGGGGCAGUCCGGCCGUUCAGUUUAACGCACCAGCAAUAAGCACUAUCUACAAAGGAGAGAAGGGUGAUAAAGGCUAUGAUGGUACUCCAGGUUUUCCAGGGAGAUCAGGACCACCAGGCCCAUUUGGGUAUAGAGGUGAAACUGGAGAAAAGGGAAUCCUGGGCUUGCCAGGCUUAAGGGGUCCACCUGCUCUGAACGGUUCGCCUGGCCUUCCUGGGAUAAAAGGCUUCCCUGGGACUCAGGGUUUUCUGGGACAACCAGGUUUUUCUGGCCCAAUAGGUGACAGGGGAGACCCAGGUCCACCUGGGCCGAUUGUGGAACCAGAAGUUGGAAUUAAAGGUCCUCCAGGUGAUCCUGGCUUUCCUGGUUAUCCGGGGAUAACUGGAGAUACGGGUUUUCCAGGGUUUCCUGGUCAGCCUGGUUCUCCUGGAGCGCCUGCUUUUCUCACAGGUCGUCCAGGCAUCCCUGGGUUCCCCGGUAGUCGUGGACCCAAAGGACAGAGGGGAAACCGAGGUCGGAAUUCUUAUGGUCCUGAAGGUCUUCCUGGAAAUCAGGGCCUUUCUGGACCUCCAGGUCUCCCUGGGCCACCGGGCAGUACACCAAACCAGUUCUCCGCUGGACAACCUGGUUUUCCAGGUCAGCUUGGUCCGAGAGGACUUCCUGGAGACAGAGGCUUUAAAGGGUUUAAAGGAGAAAAUGGUGACUGCAACUGUUUGGGUGGAGGAACGAUUGGUGCACAGGGACCUCAAGGGCCUCCAGGGCCCCUGGGUAUUACAGGCCUCAAUGGUGCGAAGGGAGAAAUUGGUGAUCCAGGCUUCCCAGGACCCCGAGGUCCACAGGGCUUUGAUGGUCGUGCAGGUGAUAGAGGCUUUAGAGGGCGUAAAGGAGAGAAAGGUAAUACUUUCUUCCCAGGAGGCAGAGGACAAAAAGGUGAUAUGGGUCAACAAGGUCCUCCUGGACCACUUGGAGCAAGCGGCAACUCCGGAAGGGAUGGAUCUCCUGGCUUCCCUGGACAACCAGGCCCACCUGGGGAGCCUGGUUUUGGGGUGACUGGAGAUAAAGGUUUUCCUGGUAUUCCAGGGUCCAAAGGUCGUCCUGGUGACAGGGGUGAACCUGGUAUUGGCUAUCCUGGUGUAGCUGGGUUCAAAGGGUCACAAGGUGAUCCUGGAUUCAAUGGUUUUCCUGGCACACCUGGACCUCCAGGUUCUCCAGGUGACAGCUGUGGGCAGGCGGGGCUUAAUGAUGCCUCUUUGGAAGAGGGAGGAACACCACUGCCCUGCAGGAUUCCUGGUGAACUUGGAGAUCCAGGAUACUUUGGAAAACAUCUGCAACAGAAAACAAGCAAAGAAUAUUUACAUUAUCAAAGAAAAGAGAUGAAACGAGGGCCACCUGGAGCUAAGGGAUUUGAUGGACCUCCAGGCUGCCAAGGUUUUCCAGGGCUGAAGGGUGUGAGAGGAGAUCCAGGACCUCCAGGGCCUGGUGGAAUAAAGGGUAUACCAGGACUUCCCGGCAUCCCAGGGUCACAGGGAUUUAGGGGACCUCCUGGACCGCCUGGCAUUGGAACACGUCCAGGCAUACCUGGAAGACCAGGAAUAAAAGGGGAGAAGGGGUCUCUUGGAUUGUUGGGGUUCCCAGGAUUACCUGGUUCUCCUGGAGUCCCAGGUGGCCCAGGUGUUAAAGGUUUACCUGGUUUCGCUGGGCAGGAUGGCUUACCUGGGGGAACUGGAUCAAGAGGAACCAAAGGGGAACGUGGUGCUCCUGGUCUUCCAGGACCCUCUUCUCCAUUGUUUCCAGUAGAGCAGCUGGAAAAGGGUGAAAAAGGUGACCCAGGAGGUGGUGGACUGCCUGGUUUCCCAGGACAAAGAGGUGAUAAGGGUUUUCCAGGGCUACCUGGACGUGAAGGCUUUCCUGGAUCACCUGGUGUUGCAGACCAAGCAAAAGGUUUUCCUGGCCAGCCUGGACUCCCAGGUAUUCCUGGCUCCUUUGGCUUUCCUGGACCCAAAGGUUCAUCUGGAGUUAUGGGCUUCCCUGGCUUACCAGGCCUGAGGGGUGAUGAUGGUGUACCUGGGGUUCAAGGGUUCCCAGGCACUCCAGGACAGCCUGGUGGCAAAGGUGAGAAAGGUGAUUCAUAUGAAUUAUCUGGACCCCCUGGACAAAAGGGCGUGAUUGGAAAUCCUGGAUUCCCAGGUGGUCCAGGACUUCCUGGUGAACCAGGUGAUCCAGGGUUCCCAGGAGUCUUCGGAUUCCAAGGCCAGAAAGGUUUUCCUGGAGAGCCGGGAGGACCAGGAUUUGGUGGCUCACCAGGCCUCCCAGGCAUUAGGGGUCUCCCUGGUUAUUCAGGACAGAAGGGGCGUGAUGGAGAUCCAGGCCGUCCUGGAACUCCAGGUUCAUCAGGAGAGAAAGGUUUUCCGGGAUCACCUGGUUUAGAUGGACUCAAUGGUCUUCCAGGAUCCAAGGGGCUGUCUGGAGUUCCAGGUGUGACUGAAGGUGUUCGGCCUGGAGCUCCUGGUGGGAAUGGCCUGAAGGGAGAGAGAGGCACAUCACAGCCCGGAGCACUUGGGCGCCCUGGAGAAAAAGGAUCCAGAGGAGACCCUGGUGCCACUGGUUUGAGAGGCUUCCCUGGUAAUCCAGGCCCCCCUGGCCCGCCUAGACCUUCUAAUAUCCCAGGUCCUCCCGGAGACCCUGGACUUCCAGGAUUAGAUGGACGAGAAGGUCCCUUUGGCCCUCCUGGCCUACCUGGUCCACCAGGCCCUGGAACAGUCCAAGGAGACAGGGGAGAUGCUGGACUUCCUGGGCGACCAGGAAUACCAGGACCACGUGGAGACCCCGGUGGUUUUGGAGCCCCUGGAUUACAAGGCAGUCCUGGUUUUAAAGGACAAAGAGGUGACCCUGGAUUUAGUGGUGUACGUGGACCACCAGGGUUACCUGGAGAACCAGGAGAUUUUGGCAGGAAUGGACCCAAAGGAUUAAAGGGUUUUCCCGGUCUUAAGGGACUUCCAGGUGUUGUGUUCCCACGUAACAUAACCAGCAGUAUGCCGUUUGGGGAACGGGGCCCACCAGGUCUUGAUGGGUCUUUUGGUCAGGCAGGAAUUCCAGGCCUGCCAGGCAGUCCAGGAGGCCCAGGUCCCAAAGGACUCAGAGGGCCAGUGGGUAGACUUGGUCCUGUUGGUGCAGCUGGAUCUCCUGGAACUUUUGGUGACCCCGGACCUCCAGGAAUCCAAGGACCCACAGGAACCCAAGGAACCCGUGGCUCACCAGGAAUGCAAGGUCUUCCUGGUCCACCGGUGCGCAGUACCAGUAUUGGUUAUACUUUGGUGAAACACAGUCAGUCCAGCCAGGUGCCCAUGUGUCCUCAAGGCAUGUCCAAGCUGUGGGAGGGAUACAGUUUGCUCUAUGUGGAGGGGCAGGAGAAAGCACACAACCAGGACCUGGGAUUGCCCGGCUCCUGCCUGCCGCAUUUCAGCACCAUCCCCUUCCUGUACUGCACAGUCAAUGACAUCUGCUACUACGCUAGUCGCAAUGACAAAUCCUAUUGGCUGUCCACCACAGCACCCAUUCCCAUGAUGCCUGUGGCAGAACAGCAGAUAUCUCAAUACAUUAGCCGCUGCUCAGUGUGUGAGGCUCCAUCUCAAGCAAUUGCUAUCCAUAGCCAGGAUCUCAGCAUACCGAUCUGCCCUCAGGGUUGGAGAAGUCUGUGGAUUGGUUACUCCUUCCUUAUGCACACAGCCGCAGGUGCAGAAGGAGGCGGUCAGUCAUUGGUGUCUCCCGGUUCUUGUCUGGAGGAUUUCCGCGCCACCCCCUUCAUUGAGUGCAACGGUGCCGACGGUACCUGCCACUACUUUGCCAACAAGUACAGUUUCUGGUUGACCACAGUAGAGCAGAACGAACAGUUCGUCCAGGGUCCUUCCCAGGAGACACUGAAGGGAGUUGAGUACCGGUCACGCAUCAGUCGCUGUCAAGUCUGCAUGAAGAUCUUGUAGCUUGUGUAGAUGCCCUGCAGGAGACUUAAUCGAAACAAUUGGAAGAAGAGUGGAUGAGCCGAGCAGAGGAGGAUAAAGGAAACAAACAUGAACUGACUGAUUUGAUUUCUUGGCCUUGAUGCCCAACAGUGGUCAUUUGAAGGGCUAAGGUGAGCCCACGGUAAAUAUCAGUGUUCGAAUGAAAAGAAGUGGAGAAAGAGAUUUUACUCUUUAUCUGUUUAUCAACAACGGUGCUAUGUUGUGUUUUUGUGUUAAAACUUUUUCUUUAAGUUGUUGGUCAUAUUCACGGCUACCUCAGAGAGUGCAUCCCAGACUCCCAGUGGAUGGCACGGAAUAAUACACCUUGAUUUUUCAAAAGAAUCCAUGCAGCGAUGAAAACAAUACUGCAUUUCAUGUAUAUGUUUUGGCUUCAGUAGCCUGUGUUGGUGCUUUUUUCGCAUUCAUGUUAACCAUUCGUUAAUCUUGUUAAUCUUGUUUACCAUUCAGCAAAAAUGGACAAACCAGCACUUUGCAAUCUUCAUGAACAAGAUUGUCCUCAUGGUUGUCACUUGAAAUGGUUAGUCUAACCCCAUGCAUAUCCUAUAUGAAUUGCACUGAACUUAAAAAUAAAUAUGUUAAAGUUCUUUCACAUGCAGUUGAUCUAAAUUCAUCUAGUUCACCUAGUGAUGUAUUAUUUUCUUUUAUUGAUGAGAACAUUUAAACAUCCAUCAAACAUAAAUGACGUGGAUGCUUAAUACCUUUCAGAUCAUUUCUUGGUCUUUUAAGGUAUAGCUUUUCAGCCUCAGUUAUUCAUUACAUGACCAAAAAUGUGUAUAAUAUUUUUUUAAAUAGACUAAUUUUAAGUUAGCCAGUCUCUUAGAAAGAUUGGUUGAUAUAUAUAACCACUAUGACCACUAAGCCUUUCAGUCUCUCAUUGGUAGCCCUGAGUAUACAUUUUCUUCUGUUUGUGUUUCAUUUCAUCGUGUCUGUAAGUGGUUAGAUUAUGGUUUAUUCAUUUCAUCCCCUUGAAAGAUGUACAUUCAAUUCAUUGUACAUUUAAUAAUAGGGAAAUAUUUAAUAAUAUUUCCCCUUUUAUGUUGCUUUUGGUUAUUUUCUAAAAUAAAACGAUGUACAUUUGUGAAGAUUGGCUGUCAGAAAUGGGCAGUUUGCUUAUGUUUUUACUGCUUUGAGACUAAAAAAAAG